AUGGAAACGUCGAAUUCAACCCAAAAUGGUUAUUCAAUAAAACAGCAACCGCAACAACAACAACAAUAUCAACAACAACAUCAACAACAACAUCAACAACAAUAUCAACAACAGCAGCAACAGCAGCAACAACAAUAUAAUUCGAAUUCGGAUGAUUAUAUGCUACCGGAAGAGGAAUGGGAACGAGAAGCGGUACUUGAUCCGGCCUGGGAACGACAACAAAGGAAAACAUUUACUGCAUGGUGUAAUUCACAUUUGCGUAAGGUUGGAACAUCUAUCGAAAGUAUUGAUGAAGAUUUUCAAAAUGGUUUAAAAUUAAUGUUAUUAUUAGAAGUAAUAUCGAAUGAACAAGUAGUAAAACCUGAUCGUGGACGAAUGAGAUUUCAUAAAAUAGCAAAUGUUAACAAAGCAUUAGAUUUUAUUAUGAGCAAAGGUGUUAAAUUGAUGGUUGGUGCUGAAGAAAUUGUUGAUGGAAAUUUGAAGAUGACACUUGGAAUGAUAUGGACAAUUAUUUUACGUUUUGCUAUACAAGACAUAUCUGUUGAAGAAAUGUCGGCAAAAGAAGGAUUACUUUUAUGGUGUCAAAGAAAAACAGCCCCGUAUAAAAAUGUUAAUGUACAAAAUUUUCAUACUAGUUUUAAAGAUGGUCUAGCAUUUUGUGCACUUAUCCAUAGACAUCGACCGGAUUUACUUGAUUACAAUAAAUUAUCGAAAGAUGAUCCAUUAACCAAUUUAAAUCUUGCAUUUGAUAUUGCUGAAAAAUUUCUUGAUAUACCAAAAAUGUUAGAUGCUGAAGAUAUGGUGAAUACGGUUAGACCGGAUGAAAAAUCCGUUAUGACAUAUGUCUCAGCAUAUUAUCAUGCUUUUGCUGGCGUAUAUAAGGCUGAACAAGCAGCAAGUCGAAUAUGCAAAGUUCUAGGAAUCAAUCAAGAAAAUGAACAAAUGAUGGAAGAAUAUGAAAGAUUAGCAUCUGAUCUGUUAGAAUGGAUUAAGCAAAAAAAACCGUGGCUAGAAGAUCGUAUUACGGAUAAUACAUUAGAUGGUACACAAAUGAAACUAGGCGAAUUUCGAGAUUAUUGCUCAAAACAGAAACCACCAAAAUUAUAUCAAAAAGCAAAAUUAGAAACUGACUUUAAUACUCUUCAGACUCGUCUGAGAUUGAGCAACAGACCACCAUUUUUACCAUCAGAUGGAAAAUUAUUAUCGAAUAUUACUGAUGCUUGGAAAGGAUUAGAAUUAGCUGAAAAAGGAUUUGAAGAUUGGCUAUUACGUGAACUACGAAGGCUAGAGCGUCUUGAUCAUCUGGCUAAAAAAUUUCAACAUAAAUGUAAUAUACAUGAGGGAUGGUCCGAUGGCAAAACCGGCCUACUUACAUCAUCGGAUUUUAAAAAGUGUACUUUGAGUGACUUAAAAGCGUUAUUACGUAAACAUUUGGCAUUUGAAAGUGAUAUUGGUUCAAAUCAAGAUCGAGUUGAAUCAAUAGCAGCCAUCGCACAAGAAUUGAAUGUACUGGGUUACGAUAACAUUGCAGCUGUUAAUCAACGUUGUCAAAAAAUUUGCAAUGAAUGGGAUGAACUUGGUGAUUUAACACAAAAAAGAAGGAUUGCACUCGAAGACGCUGAACGUGUUCUCGAAAGAAUUGAUACCUUAUUUCUUGAUUACGCAAAAAAAGCAGCGCCCUAUGUCAAUUGGUUAGAUGGUGCUAGAGAAGAUUUAGUUGAUAUGUUUUUUAUUCAUACAUUAGAUGAAAUACGCGGUUUAAUUGAUGCACACAAUCAAUUUAAAGCAACAUUAGGUGAAGCAGAUGGUGAAUAUAAAAAUAUCGUACGUUUACUCGAUUCGGCGCGUCAAACAUGUGAAGAUAAUGGACUCGAAUUAUCACCUAAUCCAUACAGUAAUAUAAAACCAGAGGAGAUUACAUCGAAAUGGAAUGAAGUUCAAUCACUUGUUCCACAACGUGAUCAAGAUUUACAAGUUGAAUAUCUCAAACAACAACAAAAUGAACGUUUACGAAUUCAGUUUGCUCAAAAAUCAAAUAUUGUGGGUCCAUGGAUCGAACGUCAACAUGAGCUAUUACAACAAUUAACAAUUCAAGUACAUGGCACUCUAGAUCAACAUCAGAAGAAACUAGAAACAAUGGAAAUGAAUGUAUCACAAUAUCGUCCACAUAUAGAAGAAUUAGAAAAAUAUAAUCAAGAAAUUCAAGAACAAAUGAUAUUUGAAAAUCGUCAUACCCCAUAUACAAUGGAAACAAUACGGGUGGCGUGGGAACAAUUGAAUACACAACUGACAAGACAAAUAAAUGAAAUUAAAAAUCAGAUAUAUACAAUUGAAAAGAAGGGAAUUAGUGAAGAACAAAUGAAUGAAUUUCGAGGGGCAUUUGCACACUUUGAUCGUAGUAGACAACGACGAUUGGAUCCAAAAGAAUUUCGUUCAUGUUUAAUUGCAUGUGGAUAUAAUAUACGUGAAGAUAAACAAGGUGAUGUCGACUUUCAACGAAUUAUGCAUAAUGUUGAUCCAUCACAAACCGGAUUUGUCACAUUUGAAUCAUUUGUGGAUUUUAUGACAAGAGAAUGUUCAGAAGAAGACAAUGUGGAUCAUUUAGUGCUUGCAUUCAAGACAUUGGCCGGAGAUAAGCCAUAUAUAACUGCUGAACUAUUGAAACAUGAACUGCCGGCAGCUCAAGCUGAGUAUUGUAUGCAAAGAAUGAAAGCUUAUCAAGGAAACGAUAGUGUACCUGGUGCUUACGACUAUAAAACGUUUGCAACGGCAUUGUACGGCGAAAGUGAUUUAUAG